AUGCUCUUAGCCAUUUCCGUCAUUAGUAUCCACCCCGCCACGGAGUCGUCCCGGUCUCGUCGAUCCGCCACGCGCCAGUCAGAGUUCGAUCGGCCGAUCGCUUGCUCACAUGAGGAACAUCUGCCGCCGCCGCGUGCCGAACUUGAGUUCAACUCGCGCCGCUCGUUUGCUCUUGUGCAACUCGCGCCGCUCGCUUGCUCCGGUGCAACUCGCGCGUGUGCACCUCGACGAGUGGCUUCAGCAGCGGCAUUCGCUAGUGGCGGCGGACGAGCUGGGACGCUGUGGUCCGUUCUGGUGGCGCCGGGUGCUCCAGUAUUCGACUUGCGCGAUGUCGUAUAUGCGGGUACUGGUGCAUCUAGGCUGGUUAGUUGCUUCCACAUAGUAACGAAGAGACCUGACGGCAUGCAACUGUGUUUGGGUUAUUAG